AUGUUGCCAGCUGAAGGUGAUCCUCUCACAACUUCUGUCAUCUCCUCCUUCGGGCCCAACAGCUCACCCAGAGCUCGGGAGAUCUUGACGGGGUUGAUCCGAUAUCUCCAUGCCUUUUGUCGUGAAGUCAAUCUCACCACAGAAGAGCUAUACAUUGCCACUGAGGCUUUGAACAGGUCUGGUCAAAUGAGCAACUCUGAGAGGAACGAGACCUUGUUGAUCUCAGACUGCCUUGGCGUUGAAGCACUGGUCGAUGCCCAGACACAGGGGAUGUUGGAGCAAGAUAACGGAACCAACUCUUGCAUUCUCGGCCCAUUCUACGUCGCUGAUCCUCCUCGAUAUGAGAAUGGAGAUACUAUUAUCCAGAAGUAUCUCGGGGGAGAAGUAACAUACUUCCAUGGUCGAAUAUUGGAUGCUGAUACCGACCAACCCGUGGCAGGUGCUUCUCUGAACGUAUGGGAGUGUGCAGUCAACGGGCUAUAUGACCAGCAGGAUCCUAACCAGCCAUCUGGAAACAUGCGCGGCAUGUUCACCUCCGAUUCAGAGGGCAAAUAUGCUUUCUACUGUAUCAAGCCGGUUCCUUACCCUGUUCCUUACGAUGGCCCUGCUGGGGAUAUUCUCAAACUUAUGGAUCGCCACCCUUACCGAGCUGGUCACAUCCACUUCAUGGUGACCAGAGAUUCUUACAACCGUCUCAUUACACAGGUCUUCCCCGAGGACGACACUUAUCUUGACUCUGACUCGGUGUAUGCCGUCAAGUCAGAUUUGCUGUUGAAGUUUAAACCUUACGGCUCUGGCUCGCUGAAGACUAUGAGGGGUAACGAUGUCGAUGUGAAGUGGGAAGUUAACUGGGAUUUCAGAAUCAAGAAGCAGAAAUAUUAG